GCUAUGGUUUAGUAGGUGGUUUUGAAUUUCCAAUUUAAACUCUCUAUAAUCUUUUAUUCUCGACCCUAACCACUACCAUGGCGGAAACCUCUUCCUCUAUGCCGCCGCUGCGAAUUGGCACCCGGAAAUCAAAUCUCGCUGUUGUCCAGGCCGAGGGCAUCCGGGAUCGUCUCCAGAAGCUCGCGCCGGGCCGUACCUUCGAAAUUACAGCCCUCCGCACCAUCGGCGACAAAGACCAGAAUACGGCACUUUACAACUUUGGCGCCAAGAGCCUGUGGACCAGCGAGUUGGAAGAAUUGCUAGUUUCGGGCAAGCUAGAUAUCGUCGUGCAUUGUCUCAAAGAUAUGCCCACCGAGCUUCCCUCCUCCUGCGAUAUAGCCGCCAUUCCCCUCCGCGACGAUCCCCGCGACGCGCUGAUAGUGAAAGCCGGCCUCCCAUACACCACCCUCGCGACGCUCCCCAGCGGCGCCAUCGUCGGCACCUCGUCUGUGCGCCGCUCCGCUCAGCUCCGCCGCCUGCACCCGCACCUGCGCUUCGCCAACCUACGUGGGAACGUAGAAACGCGCCUGGCUAAGGUCGAUGAUCCGAAGGGCGAGUAUGACUGUAUGAUAAUGUCCGCGUGCGGCCUCGAGCGCGUCGGGCUUGCACAUCGCAUCACCCAGUACCUAGGUUCUAAGGACGGCGGGAUUUUCUAUGCCGUCGGCCAGGGGGCACUGGGGCUGGAGAUCCGGAAGGGGGAUGAGGAAACUAGGGAAUUUUUAGGCCGACUCGGUGAUGAAAAGUCGGGCCUCGCGUGCCGAGCGGAGCGGGCGCUUAUGCGGAAGCUUGAAGGCGGGUGCAGCGUUCCGAUUGGCGUUGAGACGGAGUGGCUCGGUGGAGCGGAGUUUCUGCUGAGGAUGAGGGCAAUAGUUGUUAGCAUUGAUAGUUCUCAAAGCGUCCAAGAUACUAUUGAUGCGAGAGUACAGACUGACGAUGAGGCGACAGCGCUCGGACAGGAAUUAGCUGCGCGGCUAGUAAAAGCAGGCGCUGGGGCGAUAUUAAAGGAUAUCAACACUAAUAGGCCAGCUAAGGACUGAGAGUAUGAUGAUGGUAUAUAGCAAUGCAUAGAGCGCCUUUGGGCAAUAGGUGCUGCCUCUGCAAGCCCCAUCUUAGUCAAUCUAGCCCUCUCCCACGCGCUAUCAUAUUCCUUAUUUAAUACCAAGCCGUCAAUAUUAAGGCUGAGAGUGCAGCAACCAACAACAACAAACCAUGACCCACCUAGGAUAUGUUAUAACCAGUGUCAUUUCUUGCAACCUGUCGUGUAUGUAGUGGAAUGCAAUUUGAUCCGGCACUACUGGUCUGGAGAAGAGAGUGAGAGAAGCGAUUCGAAUUCUUGAAGGACGGAUAGACUCUGGAGCAGCUCUCCGGGUCUGGGCUGGGGUGCGGGCAAUGAGGGACUUCCGGUAAAUCAGUCACGUAAACCAUCGUCAAAAGCUGCCCAAAUCUGCAGCUAAUUCGCCGUUCCCUAGUUUAAAAGUAGUUAUUUCAAUGCAAUAGUCAGA